AUGACGCCAGUUUCUACUAAUGGAGCCCCCCCCGUGGCACUGCCAAACGUGCCCUUUACUAACCCACCCGCUUCUUGUGAUGAACAGAAGGUCGUUCGCUCGCCACUCGAUUACCUUCUCAACGUGCCUGGCAAGGAUCUCCGAAAAAAGCUGAUCUCAGCCUUCCAGGUAUGGCUGGAGGUCUCCGAAGAAAAGCUGCAAGUCAUCAACAGUAUUGUAGGGUUACUCCACACGGCAUCCCUCAUGAUCGAUGAUAUCCAAGAUGGGUCCAAGCUGCGACGUGGGAUUCCCGUGGCCCAUGCUGUAUUUGGGGUGGCUCAGACAAUAAACUCGGCCAAUUAUGCUUAUUUCCUCGCCCAGCAGGAGCUUGCAAAGCUGGGGAACCCCAAGGCCUUUGAGAUAUUUACUGAGGAGAUGCUCAAUCUACAUUGUGGACAAGGCAUGGAUCUCUACUGGCGAGAGUCGCUUGUGUGCCCGACAGAGGAAGAGUACCUCCGAAUGGUCUCCAACAAAACCGGCGGUCUGUUCAGGCUGGCGAUCAGGCUGAUGCAGAUGGCGAGUGAGAGCGACCUAGACUGUGUUCCUCUGGUUGACCUGCUGGGCGUCAUGUUCCAAAUCCGGGAUGACUAUCAGAAUCUGCAGAGUGACAGCUACAGCAAAAACAAAGGCUUCGGUGAAGACCUCAGCGAGGGGAAGUUUUCCUUUCCCAUCAUUCACAGCAUUCGAUCGAAUCCAGCCGACCUUCAGCUCCUCAACAUCUUAAUACGGCGAACGGACGACGACGAUGUCAAACACGCGGCCAUACGGUAUAUUGACUCUACUGGGUCUUUCGAUUACUGUCGGCAGAGGUUGCGAGAAAUAGGGACGGCGGCCCGUGAUAUGGUGCACAACAUGAGUGGCGAUGCAGACGCGGUUCAGAAUAUCUACAGGAUCAUUGAGCUCUUCGAGCUUUCUGCUUGA